GGCCGGCGCGGAGCAUCCCAGAGCCCGUGCGAGCGACGGCCAGAGCCCAGCUGCGACCAUGCCCAAGUGUCCCCGCUGCGAGAAGGAAGUCUACUUCGCCGAGAAGGUCACUUCUCUGGGGAAGGACUGGCACCGGCCCUGCUUGAGAUGUGAGAAGUGCAACAAGACCCUGACGUCUGGAGGCCAUGCAGAGCACGAUGGCAAGCCCUACUGCAACCACCCCUGCUAUGCUGCCUUGUUCGGGCCCAAAGGGUUUGGCCGGGGAGGAGCCGAGAGCCACACGUUCAAGUAAACCUCAGGUCUGCCAGCCAGGGCUCCCGGCACAGCCUGAAGACAGCACAAACGCACCGCCAGACAUGCCCUUUCGUUUUUAAUUCACUCUGCACUAGACUAGCACGUUAAAAGCAAUAAGUAACCGAGGCUGGGGCUGGUGUGGAGAGGUGCUCCACUCCAGAUGGAGUGCUGCCGGGAUGGGGGCCUUGGGAUGCCUCACCGGAGAGGAAAUUUGGCUGCUGUUGCUGAAAGCCGCCUGGAGAGGAGAUCACACCCCUCCAGCCAAACCUCAGCCCUGCUUCUGGCACCCAGCACUCCUGUCUGGGCCCACAGUUGUAUUCUCAGUCUUUAAUAAACCCAGACCGAAAGAUGCUUCCCCCA